AUGCCGGCUCGCAGGCUUCGACGCGAGUAUAAAAGCGCUGGCAACAUCGCCACCCGGCAUAUUUCACAGUUCGCAUAUUCGAUUUUCGCAUCAACCGGUGAAAGUGAAGUCUAUUCGCUUCUUUUCAAGCGAUUUUUUAAGUCAAAUUCUCUGAAAAAAAAUGUCUCUUCUACCGUUGUUAUUCGAUGAUUUUCCCAACUGUCGUCAAAGAGACUGGAUUUCAAUAUUUUCUCCUGGCGAGUUCAUCAGACCCGUGAGUAGCGCUUUGAAUCAGCUAGCCCAGCUGGAAAAAGACGAUUCUAUCACAGUGGAUAAGGACAAAUUUCUUGCAAACAUCGAUGUCCAGCAGUUCAAACCUGAGGAAAUCACUGUAAAACUCGCUGGUGAUAACACUGUAACUGUCGAGGGCAAGCACGAAGAACAGCAGGAUGAACAUGGAUUCAUUUCCAGACAUUUUGUGAGGAGGUACGUCCUUCCUGAAGGUUGCGAUCUCAAGAGGGUUCAGUCUCGCUUGUCUACCGAUGGGGUUUUGAGCAUUUCCGCUCCCAAAUUACCAGAACAAAAACAGUUAGAACAUCGGGAAAUUCCAAUUACUAUUACUGGACCUAUCAAGAGGGUUGAGCAGGUGAAGCAAAAAGCUGAAACUAAAGAAGCUUGUAUUUUUAAGCGUAAUACAGGUCGAAAAAUGUCUCUUUUGCCUCAUCUACAUAAUGAUGCACUUUUUGGAAAUCAUUCACAUUCCCUGGGCUGGCAUAGCUGGAGUGAAGAAGAUCUACAUGACUGGCCUUUAUUGCUACCAACAAGGUCAGUAGAUCAUUUGAGGGACUUGAGAAACCAGCUAGCUCACCUGGACAAAGAUACAACGAUUACAGUGGAUAAACAUCAUUUCCAAGCAAACAUCGAUGUACAACAGUUCAAACCUGACGAAAUAAGCGUCAGACUAACCAGAGAUCACACUAUUACAGUUGAAGGCAAGCACGAAGAACAAGAAGAUGAUCAUGGACUGAUUUCCAGGCACUUUGUGAGGCGUUAUGUGCUUCCUCAAGACUGUGACGUUACUAAAAUUCAGUCAAGUCUGUCUUCGGAUGGAGUUUUGACUAUAACAGCUCCUAAAAAACCGGAAGAUGGGGACACUGAAGACCAAGAAAUACCAGUGAUUCAUACGGGCAGGCCCAUUAUUAGGAGAAUGCAUUUGUGGCCCAGUCGUAGAGGUGAUAGAAGAAGAAGACUUAGCGCUUCGAAAUAAGUACAUAUUAAAAAUGUGUGUUCUA